UACACGCCGAGAGCAUAUAUGCUGCCCGAUUUUGAUACUCCUUCCGUACCGGCGACAAUCCACUUUACUCUUGACCUAACAGCUACAACUACAUGUGGAAUUCUUGGAGCUCCCAGCACGAUUCCAGGCUUGAACAAAGGAAAAUUUGCGGCCUGCUCAACAAACUGAACGUGACAAACUUCGACUCCGUUUCUACUAAGUUAAUCGAGCGUCUUACGGAUUGUGGACGGCGCGGUUGCGCAGAGAUCAUCGAAGCCUUUGCUGUCUCGAUUGCACUACGUGCAGUUGAGGAUACCCAACGCUCCUCGCUCUACGCCUAUCUUUGCAAAAGAGUUGACAGAGAGCUUGAGAUGGAAGACAGGCGGUGGACAUGGCUCAACGAUGGCACACGGCAAUCAUCACACCCAUCAUUCGCCAGUAUUCUUAUCGAGGCUUGUGAAAGCAGAUUCACGCAAGCCCUCGAUGAGCAGGCAGCACAUCUGUUCCCCUUGAUCGAAUUCAUAGGGGAUUUAUUGUUGGAUGGUGUUUUGCCCGUCACCGACGUUCAAGACCUGGUGCAACAGCUCUUUAGCCUGGCAGAACAAGGCCAGGAAGGUAGUGCCAUCGCGCUGAGCAGACUCUGCCGCAGAGUUGCUCGAGAGCAAGAAGGAAUGCACAUUCUAGAGCAAUUGGGUGCAUCAGGUAGCAUCGAGAGAGUGCUGGAGGAAGAUAUCAUCACGCCAAAAGCUCGUUACCUUCUAAUGGCUGUGGUGGACUUGUUCCACCAGGAGCUUGUAGACGUCUUUGACUCAGCGGCGCUUAGAAACGAGAUUUAUAAUCUUGAUGACGAUGAGCAGGAAGUCUCAUCAGAACUCGAUUCGACACUGACGGAUGUCGAUGAUUUACUUCCUUCGAAGACAAUCACCUGUGAGUCGGAGGACCAAGUGGAGAUUUCCAAGCUGGAAGCAGAGUGAGCAGAGGUUAACAUGUGUCCCGCAUUCGUUCCACCCGGAAGGUCAUUGGACGGCUCUGAACAUGCGAUUGAACGGAGAUA